AUGCUAGCCAGGGCGCCACCAGCAAAAGUAGCACCCUGCAAACCAUGUAUGGGCACUGGCCUCGUCCCCACGCCCUGCGGAAAACCACAGAAGCCACAUCUCGAGUCCCCUCGAGUUGCAAUUGUUGGUGCAGGUAUCGGGGGUGCGGCUCUGGCUCUGGCAUUACAACAGCGCGGCGUUCAUGUAUCUCUAUUCGAGCGAGACACUUCAUUUUCAAUGCGAAAGCAAGGUUAUGGUCUCACUCUGCAGAAAUAUUCAGGAGCGGCUGCUCUCAAGCAACUCGGAGUGUUGCUCGAUGGGGUUGGUUCAAACGCAAACAUCUCUCUCACCGCAGCCGGCAGAGAAUUGGGUAGAUAUGGACACGGCACGCGACUUUAUAAUGACCAGAAAGUGGCCGUCAACUCAGCUUCAGACGCCGGCCGAAAGAAUGUUCACUUACCGCGACAAGCACUACGUCGUGUGCUGCUUGAAAAGUUAUCUCCAGGAACUGUUCACUGGGGAAAGAAGUUUAAAAAUUACAAAGAGACAACUUGUUCAACCUCGUCAGGUGUAGAGCUCCAAUUCGAGGAUGGUGACCGUUUGAGCUUUGAUCUUCUCGUUGGCGCAGACGGAAUCUUCUCCGCAGUCAGACCAGUGAAACUCGCAAAAAAUUCACGCGAUGCAGCUGUCGGGGAAGCAUACCCACUCCACUACCUCGGAGUGUUCGUGAUGCUUGGAAUAUGUCAUGGAGUCAGCCACCCUCUUUGCGAUCACAAAGUGUUUCAGGUAGUUGACGGGACGACAAGGAUAUACGUUAUGCCAUUUUCUCGAUCAUGCGAUGGGGACGGAUGCCUGGCGCUUCGACAGGGAGACGAAGUAUCUACACAAAACAACAAGGCAACUGUUCCUCUUUUGAUGUGGCAGCUCUCUUUCCCGAUUUCAGAAGAAAAGGCAAUUGAGCUGGCAAAGGCUGACCCGGCAAAACUUCUUUCCGAGGCGGUCGAGCGUUGCGGUUCUUGGGUAGAUCCUGUUCCUGAACUAAUAUCAUCGACCAGUAUCCAAAAUCUUUCGGGAUAUCCUGCAUAUGACCGCGCAUGUCUGAACGCAGGCGACCUACGGAAUAUGUCAGACGAACACAGCGCAGCAUCACGCGUAACCCUUAUUGGUGAUGCAGCACACCCCAUGUCUCCAUUUAAAGGUCAGGGCGCCAACCAGGCACUUCUGGAUGCUGUGCAGCUGGCCCGUGCACUUUUCCGAACUCCAACAUUCAGUCCAUCGAGAUCGAAGCAUAGGCAAGGAUUGGUAUGGCAGUCCGAGUCGUGCAGCGCUGGACUUUUUGAUGGCGACGUUGCGACGGCACUCUCCGACUUUGAGAAAACAAUGUGCACAAGGAGUAAGGAAAAAGUUAGACUAUCGCGGGACGCUGCGGCAUAUUUGCAUUCAAAUGCAGCUCUUGCCGAAGGAAACUGUGUGAGGGCACAUGCCGCGGCCAGAGCAGCCAAAUCCUUGACCGAUGAUACUACUAAACUGAAGGUAUUUGAUGACUCAUCUCAUACAUGAAGUGUCGGCGGCAGCGUGACAUUUAGUUCUCUAUCUCGAUGUCACUUAUUCUGGCUGGUGAAACCGUUUGAUUAUUAAAACCUUAUUAGCGCUAACACUUAAUAAUCCGUGAAAGGUGCCUUCCUUGCGACUGAGGAACUUUGACAGGGGGUUCGCGGGAGGCUGGUUUGGGACGAGUCCGAGACGGUCUCGAGUUUUGAUCGAUGGAGCUUCGGUGAAAGAAGGACUAAGAGGCUUCUUAGCUAUGGUUUGAAGCUGAAUUUCAUCGAUUCAUCGGUGAAAGAAAGGGGGGACUUUCUGGUUUUUGGCUUCCCUCGAGUUGCGCGCCCAGACGUAUAUUUUGAAGAGUAUUGAUCGAUGAAGCUUCGGUGAAAGACGGACUAAGAAGGGCGACUCCCCCGUAGUUUGAAGCUGAAUUUUCAUCCAUACGUCGGUCAACUUCGGCGAAUGGGCGGGUUGGAAUGUGGUAAGGGUUUUAAGUGUUUUAUGAGGUACAUGUGUACGUACUAAAUAAAUAAAUGUGAGUUCGACAUAUAUAUGUGACUUCUAAAUAAAUUUGACGUACAUAUAUUGUACGAAGGUAUGUACGUACACGAACACGUUUUGCU